CGUCCUGUCGCAAGGCGGACUCCAAGAGCAGAGUUCUACGUGUUUCUAGGAUAUGCAAUAAGUUGACAAUUCUUUACCCCGCCUCGCUCGUUUAUGCGCCUGUUGCUCUGAUGGAGAGGGCCAAAAAGGUCUGGUUGGCUACAGUUAUGCAGCCUCCCCAGAGCAACUGGCUCACCGGUUCUCACGUGCAUGGAUGGGAACUUCAAUUCUUAGUAUUUCUUGCCGUGUCCGAGUACUUCUUCUGAUGCGACACUGUUCAAUUCAAACUACAUUACACUUUUAUAGUAUGGCAGAGAUCUUUGGUGCCGUCGCGGCGGGUAUAGGUGUCGGCAGCGAGCUGAUUCGGCUCGGUUGUGCUAUACAGAAGAGGAUCAAGCGUGUCAAGGAUUCUCGGAAGGAUAUAGAGAGGCUCGCAAACGAAACCAUAAUAUUCGCAGGUCUUUAUAAGAGAUUCUUGCGCGCAUGCGAAGAGGACCCAGAUGCCUACACGACCGAUGUCUCAGCAAUACUGCCUUUGAUAUCCUGGGCUCAGAAAACAGUUGAUAGUCUGACUACACUUUUACAGAGAGUCGAGUCACUGUAUCCGCAGUCCAAACCUCGCACAGAUUUCGAGGACAGGGCUGUUGCUCAUCUCGUGUGGUACCGCAGUACAAGCACCGUCAAAGCUCUUCGAGCGUCUCUGAGUGUGGCCCGGGAAAGCAUCAAUGGAUUUAGCAAUCUCAUGUGUCUGGAGAAGCUCAAAGACCAGUUGAAGACACUGAGAAAAGCCUUACUCGACCCACACAAACGAAGUGCUCUGGAACGAGAUCUAGGCAUUUCAGUGGAGGCUCGGAUUCUUGAGCUCGAUCAAGAUAUAGUAGACUCAGAAGUAGUCCACCACGAGAGUAUGAAAAUGCGAGACCAAGCGGAGCAAAAAGUGACCAAAUAUCGAGAGAAAAGUCAGACCAGUGACGAAGUCCCCGCACCGCAGGAGCUAGCAAAGUUCACUGAGAUUCUGAACCAUCAUGCAAGAAGUCUUCUCCCAUCGAGACAACGAAAACAUCGUUCACAUGUCUCUUCAUCUGGCUCAUCAGCAUCUAUAACUGAAUCUACACACAGUAUUCCUUCUCAGGUGUCGCAGCCUCUUUCUUUCAGAAGUUCAGAUUCGGGUAAAACCCACCCAAACAACGGUGCAGUCUUGGGUUUCAAAGUCUCUCGUCCAACACCUGGUUCAAUUUCCAGUCGCGCUGUCCAGCCUCCCACUCCUAGAUACAGACUAUCUUCAAGCGUGCCUCUGGCCUACUACGGUACUCCCGACAACAUAGUGCCACUGAAUAUUCCCAGGACUGCGAACCCCAAGGAACGCGUCAGCAGCCCAACCGAAAGCAUGGAAGCAAGCCCCUUAGCUGGCACGGCUCCGAGCCGAAACCCCGUCGCUGCACCCAGUUCAGCUACACACAAUUUCGUUACACCUGGACCUGUCUCUGAGCCUCGAACAAGUGGGACAGAUAGUUUCAGACCGAUGCCUAUCACAGGCCAGAUACCCGAGCGCUACGGCAUGCGACCCAGAGAGUACAUCAAUGACCCCAACGGUAAUAUCUUAAGCCCUCCGAAAGUGAAAGGCGAGGAUACGUCUUCAUCUCAACAGAGAGAAGAGCGAGUCGGUCGACACGUCAUCAGGCUGAACGCUACGGACAUCACUAUAAAUGGACAUUCAUUGCACAUGGCCAAUUACGAGAUGGGGCAGCAGUUCUUCAAGUCGCUCUUGAAACAUCACGAUAAGCUUGAUAGGCUGGACGAGGCGCUGGGUCAAGGACUUGAGAACUGGGAGGGUAUUCCUGAUUGGUGGGUGAUGCCUAACACGGACGCAGAGAACCGGGAUAUGUGAAUACCAUACUUUUAUUUGGCAUGUAAAUCCUGAGACGAUUCGAGCAGUUUAUUGAACUUCGUCCAGAGGAGCCACGAAGGAUGUAUCUAUGACAAAAGGAAAUGUCGUUUUUUGUAACAAGAGGAACAAGCUACAGAUCUCGGGACUAUGUCCGCACAUUCAUAUGACGUUGAUCACCCGCAGCUGCACAACAGCUUGCGCAAGUACUGCCGCAAAUGAGACAGAAAAGCUCCAUGUUGGCGAGACCUUCAAGUAUAGCGGAAUACUUCCAACUGAGCAGAUAGCACUAAAGCCAGCAAGGAUCCAAAUCCAGGACCAUGUCAA